AUGAGUAAUCAACCCAAAAGUUCACCCGAGCGCAAGUACUGGAGCAAAGAGGCAGAUGUCUCUGUGGCUUCUGUCCAUGAGUUCGAUCAUGUGCAUGACCUCAAGAGCAGAGUUCAAGCAACUACUAGCACAGCUAAUGUUGGUGACGACAGUCAAGCAAGCGACAUCAGUCCCAAUGAAGACCUGACUGAAAACUGUUCCACUGUUGAGUUGCUCAAGACAAGUAGAGACAACUUUUCUACAUGUGAAGAAAAAGUGAAGGAGUUGUCCCCAGAUGAUACUGAUGCUGCUGUCUCAGUUUCCAGUGACACAACCUUAGAGCCAGAGCCCUCAGAUGUGCAGCUCAAGUCACAUGAAGAUCAAAUGAGCAGUUUAUCUUUAGACAAAUGUGAGCACACAAAUGGCAGCUUGAGGUUAUCCUCAACAUCUGUGCUGGACAGUAAGGCACAGAGAGAAACAUCCAGCUGUGUUAGAGUGAUGCCUUCCAGCGUCUUCACAGAUGACUUAACGGUGCAGGUGGGUUCCAGUGCCAGGUUUUCUAAAGUGUUGGAGAAUAUUUCCUUGCCUUUGUUGUACAUACCCACCACUAGACAACUUGUAGCUGGCAGUGUGGAUGGACCCAACCCCAGAGAAUCUACACAGAUUAUGAGGGAUCUGAAUAUUUUGUACACUCCAGACAGAGAUUAUUCAUAUAACGGUUCGGAGUCGGCAAGUUCUACCUUAGAUCUGUCAUCUUGUGAGCUUCUAAGUCCCCAUUCCCCAAUGCCAAAGGCACACAGUACUCAGGAAUUUCACUUUUUGGGUAGAUACAGCGACAGCGAUCGUUUGACUGUCAACAGCACAGAUAGCUGUCCAGGAUUUCACAACAGCUUUGAACCCAGCUCUCAUAUGUUUGCUGAUAACUCUAGUCUAUCCAGCCUCAGCACAGGAACUGAUUUCUCAGUGUCUGCCGUCUCUGUCAGUGAGAAUGACUUGAACGCAGAGUCCAAGAGUCUGUCUUGUGACGUCACAGACGAAGCAGCUUUUGUGGACAUUAGCCUCCAUUCCAGGAACUCUUUUGAUAAGGGCUAUAACUCUUCAUCACUGGAUAGUGGAUAUGGAGAUAAGAAAGCACCCUCAUUUCAGACAGCCAGAAAAAAGUCUUUUUCUGGUCUCAA